CUCGGACUUAUUAACGAUAUCGUUGAACCGAUGGUCACUCUAACCGAGGUAUUACUGUUAUUGGAGGAGAAAAGCCGUAAACUCAAACCCCCUGCCCCGGAGGGGCCGCCAGACAUGCAAACCUACGAGCCGUUUGAGAGCGAAAAUCAACUCGAGGUCAAUCACUAUAAUUACAAAGGGGGUAAUAAACAGCCCCCACACGACCGGCCGUACAAAUAUAAUAGUAAACAAAAGCCGAGAAACGAGGAUAUAAUAUACGAAAUGCCCGGAUAUAAGCCUAUGGAUAAUAGCAACGGUUACGAUGGGUUGGCAACAAUGGAGUCACACCACUCAUCGUGGUAUAGAACUCUACAUAUGCUGGAUAGUCGUGUCCGAGUGGCCAAUACGGGCGACGCUGGUCACCCUACCAACACUGGUGGUGGCCAACACUCGCAGCCAUAUAAUAAUGACAUAAACAAUGAGUUUUUGUUUGAUUUUGAUAGAGAAAACACUGGACCUGUGUUUCAUUUGGUCCGUGAAUUGCCGCACAAUUUUGCCUUAAGUUUU